CUACAACAACAACAAAUAUCUUUCAAUAAUAUAUAGAUAUAAUAAUGGCCACUAUUCAGAGCUUGGUUGGUGAAAAACCAGUGGUGAUAUUCAGCAAGCUGUCUUGUUCAAUGUGCCACUCAGUGAAGUCACUCAUCAAAAAUUAUGGGGCCAACGUGACUGUGUACGAGAUCGAUGAGCUUUCGAAUGGUCAGCAAAUUGAGAGGGAAUUACUACUGCAGUUAGGGUGUCAACCGAGUGUACCAGCUGUUUACAUAGGCCAGAAGUUCAUUGGUGGUGCUGAUAUGAUCUUUACUCUCCAACUCAAGAACGAGCUUGUUCCACUGCUCAUACAGGCCAGAGCUAUAUGGAUAUAGAACAACAACUACUACUACUACUUAUCAUCGUAAACAAAGCUUUGAAUAAGUCUACGUAAUAUAUAGACGUACAUAUAGAACGGUGUUUUUGCUUCUUUUCUUUUUGGUCUUCAUCAUGAUGAUCACUUGCUAUAUUUCCUUACAGCUGCUAGCUUUAUAUAAACAUAUAUGUAGAAUAUAUAUAUAAUACUAAUAUAAUUAAUAAGAAUAUUCACUGAGUUAUAUUUACAUGAUCUUCUAAUACAAUUCUUGUAUUGCAAGGUCGACGUAUAGCUAUUUUUAAUUUGGAAAGGCUUGAGUUACAGUUUCACCUUUUGUAAUCUCGUACGUUUGAACAAUCUGAAUAAAGGUAAAAGGCUAGAGCUAUAUGUAUCAUCCCAAUGGUUUGCGUACAAUGUAAAUAUCUGUGUGUGCUUAUUAUAUAGA